CCCGGCGUGCCUCUAUGGUUCUUCCUGUCAUUAGUCGGGAGGGGGCGCUGUGCGCAGGCGCGAGGUGACGCCGCGGCAGGGCCGGAAGGAGCGCAGCGGCGGUCUGGGCGACGGCGACAGAGCUAUCGACUGGCGACUAAACGCCACGGCGGCGGAGGCUUCAGAGCCCGCCUCGCUUGCCGGCGAAUUGAGUAGCGAACCCUUUGGAACAGAUGAUCGUCAUGUUUAGAUAUUAGCAAUCACAUACGUGUAUGUCUGCAUUUGAAAAUGGCAGAGGGAAACAACAGUGAAGAGAUAAUUCACUUGAAUAACUUUCACUGCCACCGGGGACAAGACUGGAUCAAUCUCAGAGAUGCGCCCAUCACCAUAUCUGACUCCUCUGAUGAGGAAGGGAUUCCAAUGCUGGUAACCCCGGCUCCUCAGCAACAUGACGAAGAGGACCUGGAUGAUGAUGUCAUCCUGACAGAAACAAAUAGACCUCAGACAUCACGACCCAAUCUCAUCAAACCAGCUGCCCAGUGGCAAGAUCUGAAAAGAUUGGGAGAAGAAAGGCCUAAAAAGUCUAGAGCAGCAUUUGAAUCUGAUAAGAGCAGCUAUUUUUCAGUGUGUAACAACCCAUUGUUUGAUUCUGGGGCACAGGAUGAUUCUGAGGAUGACUACGGUGAAUUUCUGGAUCUUGGGCCUCCUGGAGUCUCUCAAUUCACUAAGCCAAGUGGCCAAACAGAAGGAGAACCCAAACCUGGACCAAGUCAUAACCAAGCAGCAAAUGACAUUGUCAAGCCCAGAUCAGAGCAGAAGGUCAUAAUCUUGGAAGAAAGUAGCCUCCUUUUCGGAGAAGGCGAUCCUUUGGAAAUUCAGAACCAGUCAUCUGAAGACUCAGAGACAGAACUUUUAUCUAAUCUCGAAGAGUCAUCUGCUAUAGAAGAUGAUCAGGCCAUUGAAGAAGACUGCUGGUUAGACCAUCCUUACCUCCAGUCUCUAAACCAACAGCCCCGUGAGAUAACAAACCAGGUUGUUCCUCAGGAGCGGCAGCCUGAAGCAGAACUGGUUGCCUUGUUGUUUCAGCAUGAACUUCCGGGACCAGCUUUUCCAAGGCCAGCUUUUCCAAGACCAGAACCCCAGCAGGAUGGGAUUCCAGGCCCCUCGUCCCCUCAGCCUGCCCAUCCUCUGGGAGAGCUUGAAGACCAACAAUUAGCAACAGAUGAUGAAGAGCCAGGUCCAGCCUUUCCAAUGCAAGGAUCUCAGGAGCCCAACUUGGAAAACAUUUGGGGGCAAGAAGUUGCUGAGGUAGAUCAAGAACUUGUUGCACUGCUAGUGAAGGAAACAGAAGCAAGAUUUCCAGAUGUAGCGAAUGGGUUUAUUGAAGAAUUAAUUCAUUUGAAGAAUUACUAUGAUUUGAAUGUACUUUGUAAUUUUCUUCUGGAAAAUCCAGAUUAUCCAAAGAGAGAAGAUAGAAUCAUUACAAACCCCAGUAGCAGCCUGCUGGCCGGCCAGGACGAGACCGAGUUGCCGCAGGUGGACUUUUUUGAUUAUUCCAAGCUGGUUCCCCUGGACCAGCGCUGCUUCAUCCAGGCUGCUGACCUCCUCAUGGCCGACUUCAAGAUGCUCAGCAGUCAGGACAUCAAGUGGGCCCUGCACGAGCUCAAGGGACACUAUGCAAUCACCCGAAAGGCCUUUUCUGACGCCAUCAAAAAAUGGCAGGAGCUAUCACCAGAAACCAGUGGAAAAAGGAAGAAAAGAAAAGAAAUGAAUCAGUAUUCUUACAUCGAUUUCAAAUUUGAACAAGGUAAUGACAAACUAUGUGUUGCUGACAGUAUCACUAAAUGGAAACUCCCUGAGCAUGAAGACUUUUUACUUGCCUUGCAGAUGAAUGAAGAACAGUAUCAAAAGGAUGGCCAGUUGAUUGAAUGCCGCUGCUGCUAUGGGGAAUUCCCAUUUGAGGAGCUGACGCAGUGUGCAGAUGCCCACUUGUUCUGCAAAGAAUGUCUCAUCAGAUAUGCCCAAGAGGCAGUCUUCGGAUCUGGAAAGUCAGAGCUCAGCUGCAUGGAAGGCAGCUGCACAUGUUCAUUCCCCACCAGUGAACUGGAGAAAGUGCUUCCCCAGACCAUCCUGUGUAAAUACUAUGAGCGAAAAGCCGAGGAAGAAGUUGCUGCAGCCUACGCAGAUGAGCUUGUCAGGUGCCCCUCCUGUAGCUUUCCCGCACUGUUGGACAGUGAUGUGAAGAGGUUCAGUUGUCCUAAUCCUCGCUGCCGAAAGGAAACCUGUAGGAAGUGUCAGGGACUCUGGAAAGAACACAAUGGCCUCACCUGUGAGGAGCUGGCUGAAAAAGAUGACAUCAAGUACCGCACCUCUAUUGAAGAAAAAAUGACUGCUGCCCGCAUUAGAAAAUGCCACAAAUGUGGGACCGGUCUCAUCAAAUCUGAAGGCUGCAACCGCAUGUCAUGCCGCUGUGGCGCCCAAAUGUGCUACCUCUGUCGCGUGUCUAUCAAUGGGUAUGACCAUUUCUGCCAGCAUCCCCGCUCACCAGGAGCCCCUUGUCAAGAGUGUUCAAGAUGCUCUCUCUGGACCGACCCCACUGAAGAUGAUGAGAAACUAAUUGAGGAAAUCCAGAAGGAGGCCGAAGAGGAGCAGAAAAGAAAGAACGGAGAGAACACCUUCAAACGCAUCGGGCCCCCGCUAGACAAGCCUCCAGAGAAGGUGCAGAGGAUGGAAGCCCUCCCGAGGCCCGUCCCACAGAACCUGCACCAGCCGCAGAUGCCGCCCUACGCCUUCGUGCACCCACCCUUCCCCCUGCCACCCGUGCGGCCCAUGUUCAACAACUUCCCGCUCAACAUGGGCCCCAUCCCGGCGCCCUACGUGCCCCCGCUGCCCAACGUGCGGGUCAACUACGACUUUGGCCCUGUCCACGUGCCCCUGGAGCACAACUUGCCUAUGCACUUUGGCCCCCAGCCACGGCAUCGCUUCUGAUGUCCCAGAGCCCUUCCUGGUCCCCCAUCCCCACCACAAGCCCCCACCAGGCAGCGGAGGAGCCCGUGCCUGCAGGUUGUAGGAUAGAGAACUCAUCUCUCCCCCAGGGCUGAGGGCUCCACCGAUGCCUUCCAAGGAGGGAUGGAGGGUUUGGGAGGGUAGGUUGGUUUUCUUGUGCUCCUCCUCUGGGAAAGGCCACAGCUCCUUGAAGGGUGACCACAAGCUGGUGGCCCUCUGGGUGCUUGUAACAGGAUCAAUCUGGCCUUCACUGGGCCAGAGAGAAGGGCAGCGAAGCCCUCUUCCUGGAGAGUCCAGCGCGGUGGCGCUGUCUCUGCUGUGUCACUCACAUCCCUGCAGAAAAUGAUGAAGAGGAAAUGAUUUGCCUCCAUUCCUGUUCCCCUAGCAGACAAGAGGAGAAGCCUGUCAGAGUUACAAACCAUGUAGGCCUUCCUUCCCACUGUGCAGACGCGUCCAUAAUAAAGACAAGUAGCACAGAGUGGAGUUUGGAGAGAGCUGAGAGAUUGGCACUGCCAGCCCCAGCCGGGGCCCAUCAUGAGUGGACCUUUCUGUUCUGUGCAUAGCUGCGGGUCAAGGACCCAGGGCCCUGAGCUGAGCCCUGGGAAUCAAGGCAGCUGUGAGCGUCUCACUUGGGGCCCAGAGGCCUGUGCUCAAGGGGCUCUCACCCCUCACAGAGGAUCAAGGUUGGUCCCAUGAGGAGGUAGCAAAGCCCAUCCACAGGCCUAGGAAGCCCCACGGAUGGGCUGUGCACUGCAGCGCCUCGGAGCAUUGCCCAGUGCCAGGAGGGCAAGACACUGUCCCUCACAUCCGUGCCCAGGUGCCACCACGGUGACCAUUUAGGAGGCCUCCUCUCUUCUUUUUUAAGGCCUAUUGAGGUCAGACAACAAAAGAGAACCAUCUUGUGCUGUGAGUUUUGUUCUGUCAUUUAUCUAAAAUGUUUGUUCCUGUUUACUCUGAACUUACCCAGUUUUCCAUGGCCUACUUGAAUUCCUAAAAAGUCAAAGUAGAAAUCAGUUACCCAGGUCAGGCAGCUGCCGAGGGCUGGAUGGUUUUGGAACUUUGGCCAAACAAAAGAUCAUCUCAGGGUGGCUGGGAGAGGCUUGGGCAGCUCAUUGCUGGGGAGACACCUCCGCACCAGCUGGGUGAUGAAUAGCUUUUCCCCCAAGGUUUUCUCGGGGGAGAAGUGGGCUCCUCUGGAGGGCAGAUAACCCCAAAUGCCACCUAGCUGGGCACCCACCCAAGGCACUGCCCAUUCUGCCAGCUGUGCUGCACCUGUUGUGGCAGGGCUCACGCAGCAGGUCCUCUGUCCCUCCUUCCCGUGUAUUCUCUCAGUGGCUGGUGGUGGAGGCAGGUGGAGGGGUGAUGGCCCAGCCCCCUAGGGAGUGAGGGCAGCUGUCCUUUCCCUGGGGUCGAAUGAGAGCUUGGGCCUGCUGCAUUCCCAGCCACCUUCCUCCCUUCCUGUCUGGCCCAGGUCUCUCGCUAUACCUGAGACAUUGCACCAGCCUCUUUGCAAACAGAGGCCUGAAGCUUCUGACUGCCCAGCUGGGAGCCAGCCCUCCUGACCGCAGACGUCCUCUGUCCUCCAGUGUUGGCCUUCCUUGUCCUUGUGUUGCCCUGGGAUUCUGGGAGGUUGGGAGUGCACAGACCUCAGAGAUGGGCCAAUGCCUUCGGGGCUGUGCUGUGUGGCCCCCAACAGGGCUCUGCCGCCCAGGUUGUCAGGAAAUCGGGCACUGUCAAGGCACCAUCAGCUCCUCAGAUGCAUUUCAAGGAUUGAAGUGGGAAAAAAGAUCUAGAUGCCCGUUCUUUCUGCCUUUCCUCAGGAUGCAGGCUUUGAAGACAGGUGGUCACCUGGGCAUGGGCUGGGGGGCCUGCCACUUCUGGGAGCCC